AUGGGGACGGGGCGGAGCGUCACGCUGAGCCCCGCAGCUCCUGGCAGCCCGUCCGGCUGCUGCCGCAGGCUGAGCCCGGCGGCUGCGGCGAGGGGAGCGAGGCAGCGGCGGCUGGCUGGCUGUCCUGCGCUGCUGGAGAUGGCUGUGGUGUUUCUGCAGCACUCAGCAAUGGCUGAGAGCUCAGCUGUGACUGCAGCAGUGUCAGAGAGAGCAGCACCCACCAAGCUAGAGGAGCUCCUGGAGAUCACCGCUCAGAGCCUGGUGCGUGCUGAGGUGGCUGAGCACUAUGAAGUUAUUCGGGAGCUGGGCAGGGGCAAGUACGGCCAUGUGAUGUUAGUGACCCACAGGCAGAGAGGGACUCCUAUGGCUCUCAAGCUGCUACCCAAAGCCAGUACCAAGCUGCACACCUUCCUGUAUGAGUACUGUGUAGCACUGUCCCUCGCCACCCACCCUGCCAUCAUUGGCAUGUUUGGAAUUGCCAUCGAGUCCAGCCAGUACUAUGGUUUCCUCUAUGAACCAGCGCUGCACAAAGACCUCAUCUCUAUCAUCAAACCCCGCGAUGGGAUCCCUGAGCCGGCCACAAAGCAGUGUGCCAAGCAGCUGGUGAGCGCGCUGGAGUUCAUCCACAGCCGGGGGCUGGUGUACCGCGACAUCAAGCCUGAGAACGUGCUGCUGUUCGACCCCGACUGCCGGCUCGUCAAACUCACGGACUUUGGGCUCACGCGGCCCAAGGGCACCAAGCUCAAGCUGGUGGCUGGGGUGAUCCCCUACACUGCCCCCGAGUUGAGCAACACCGCUGAUGCCCAGGGGGUGCCCAUUGACAGCAGCAUGGAUGCCUGGGCCUUCGGGGUGCUGCUCUUCUGCCUGCUGACUGGCUACUUCCCCUGGGAGCAGAGCCUACCGGAGGACCCUUUCUUUGAGGACUUCAUGCAGUGGCAGGAGACAGGUCUAGAAAAGGACGUGCCCCGGCACUGGAAGCGCCUGACAGCUGAGGCUGCCGGGAUGCUGCGGAGCCUGCUGGCUCUAGAUCCCGCCAAGCGCGGCCCCGUCAGGGGCGUGCUGAGCUACGUCGACUGCCCUUGGCGGCUGGAGGAUGGGUGCCGUGAGGAGGCUGCCGUGAAGUCCUAG